UCUUACCCUCUUACCCCAAUUUCUAGCCAAAACCCAAAACUUCCUUCUACCCUGGCAAUCGGAGAUUUCCUGUCGGCGGCAAACUCUUUGUUCUGUAGAAAGCAGAAAGGACUCUGCUCUAGAUAACAAAAUCAUGGAAACACCAUUUCCAAACUACCAGCCAAUAAGCUCUACAACAAACUUUUCCCUGUUUGGUUUUGGGGCUGAAAUAAAGUUGCGAGCUUUUCCCCUUGUGGAGAUCUUUGUUUGAGAACGGAAGAAGUGGGUUUUCUGAACUUUUUAUGUUCUGUUCCUCCUUCUACUUCUUCCCUGGCAGGCGCUGUUCCUUCUUCUACUUCUUCUAAUUACACUUCCUUAUCUGCCCAACUCGCCGAUAUAGGUUUUCAACCCUUCCCGCCGCUUCCAACGGCGGGUACGAAAGAAAAAAAACUAAGGAUAUUAUAGUCAUUUCAAUAAAAUUUAGGGCGACGAAUAAGGUGUUUUAGGGCGACGAAUAGCAAUGCCCAAAAUUUUGGGUUAAUUGUAAGGUUGGUCACUGCAAUUGCAAAAAACGUUCAUGUUUGGUCACUGAAAAUAUUUAAUUGCAUUCGUGGUCACUAUGAUUACUCAAACAGUUCAAAUUUGGUCACUCUCCGUUAGUCUUCAUUAACACCGUAAGUUAUUUGCUGACGUGGCUAACAGAUUUGUCUAGUCACCUAUCUUUAACCUAAAAAAAUGAAAUAUGAACUUGCCACAUCAUAAAAGACACCACUCAUAAAAACCUAACCAUUUGACCCCAUUAACCCAUGAUCUGAUUCACUCAUUCACCCCAAAUUGGAGAUGGGGGAGCUUCAGAAAAGGAACAACAACGACGGGGUGCAUCACCUCCGACAUCUCGUUCAAGUCGAGCAAGUCGAUAAGUAUUAAGAGGUGGCAGGCGAGCAGAUUCAACGAGCUCCGGGGAUUCAAUUGAACGCUAGGAGAUCCACCGCAGCAGCAGCCGACCUCGCAACAAGAGAAAUCAGGGUGAUGCCCACCGGGAAGUCAGGGCAGUUGAAAUCUGGACAAGUAGGGAGAAACAAUCACAUCGAUGAAGAGGAAGACGAUCCAUUGUUGGAGGAAGGAGGAGAGUCCUCUCCUGCCGCUGCCGAUUUGGACCGAAUGAUCUGAAUCAUCCCGGCCACAUUCCUCCCACUCUGCUGCUCUACUUCCUAGCCCUACAGAUGAUUCACACCGUCGUCAUCUCCCUCGGCCUCCAGAAAUGGGUCACCGUCAAAACCCCUCACUCCUCGUCAUCCUCCAAUAGGGCUCCCACUUUUCCUUCGUCAAUAGCCACUGGCAUCUCUGCAGUUGGAGAUCUAAAUUGGCGACGUAGACUCCUUAGCCAGCUGCUCUUGCCCGACACAUGGUUUACUACCAAACUUUUCCUUCCCAAUUCCAAAGUGGCGAUUUGCUUGAUUUGGUUGAACCCUUUUGUUGUCUGGCAACGAGGAAGGUGAAGCGAUAAGGAAGGGAUCGACGAUGCUCGGAGGAAUGAUGUGGAGAUCUACUUCCUAACCCUCCAGACGAUCAACAAUUGCUGAAUCCAGCCCAAAUGAAAAGCGGAUCUGGCUUGUUCGAUGAAGCCAGAUCUGGAUUCCUUUCACAUAUCAUCGUUGAUCACCUUGUCGCCAACCUAGACGCUCCAAGACCUCGCCUUGUCGGUACUCUUCGCCGGUUGGAACAGGAGGGAGGGAACCGCGGAGGGAUCGAGCGUCACUCGCGAUUUUUGUGCGACAUCCUUCUGGGUAGUGAAAGAGGACCUCACCGAGAUCUCCGAGUUCUCUUCCAAGGAGGCGCUCUCUCCGAUGAGGCGAGCGAUUUCAAGAACCCCAUUGAGACACCUUCAACGUUUGGCCUGGAGGGGUUCCAGAGCCAUGAUUUGGCCGGCGAUGUUUUCACCAUCGAGAGAGAGCUUGAGAUUGGAGAAGGGAAGAGGGGAUUGGGUUCAAAUGUUGGGUUGGGUGGGUUUGGUUUGGUUAGGUUCGGUUCAAGGGUGGGGUCAAGUGACGUGGCGAGUCAAGUGACAUGGUGGGUCGGAUCUCACUAGUCUCGGGUUAAAUUAGGCUGACUUGGUGAUUCUUUUUGCCACGUCAGCAAAUAACGGACGCUUUUAACGGAGUUGGACGGAGACUAACGGAGAAUGACCAAACUUGAACUGUUUGACUAAUUCUAGUGACCAUGAAUGGAAUUAAAUAUUUUCAGUGACCAAACAUGAACGUUUUUAGUAAUUACAAUGACCAACCUUGCAAUUAACCCUAAAAAUUUUAAAUUAAAAGUUAAAAUUGAG